AUGGAUGCGGAGGCAUACUUCCCCGCCGACAUAUCCGUCGUCCCACACGAUGAAGAGACUGUGACGGCGACAUCGACAGCAGAUGAGAAAGCCUCCUUUGUGCUACCUCCAACGACAUCGAAAAGGCUGAUGCACGGUCGGAAACGGCGUGAUCCGCCGUUACUUUCUACUAUUCAAGAAGUGCCGUCGAUGACAAGCAUUCUUCCCGCGGACACCUCGAUUUCUUGUUUUCUGUGUCUCAAUAAAAUCAGUGGAACAGUUCCGAAUUUCGUGAAGCCGUGUCAUUGUCCAUUAGUGUUCGUCCACACGACUUGUGCCAUAGACAGCGAAUCAUUUUUCGGUGGUACAUGCAGUCAAUGCCAUCAGAAGUACCGACCAGAACAGACGACACCACGACAAUCUCUAUCUUCAUCGAGAAGCAUAUCAGGCAGACUAUUGUUCAUGUCGAACAAGGCAUCUACGAGUUCUCCAAAACAGUUGGAGGCCGCUAGCACAUGUGCUCUGUGUCAGAAUCAAAGUUAUCAAAAUCCGGAAUGGUCGGAACGAAAUGAUGCGAAACUGAUUCGCCCGUGUUUCUGCGGUUUUCUGGUCCAUCAUGGAUGCAUUCGAGACCAUUUGAAACACGAUAAAUCAUGUGAAUGGUGUGGAGUCAAGUAUCGAUACUAUAAAUACGGCUCGUUCGGUGAUUUCUGUCGGCGUUACUCUAUCCAACACGUAUGCUAUGCAAUUUUGUUCGCCAUUCUUCUCUUCUUCUUUGUACUCGCUCUUCGUGGAUCAUAUUUCUUCAAUCCAAGACUCAGCUUUGCCCCGAUUAGUAUUUUUUUUACAAUUUUUUACAAGUCAUUCCUUUUUUUUUUAGUUCUGACAAUUACAUCUCUGUUCUUCUUGGCUGUUUUUAUCGGUGCAAUCCUUUUCACUGUCAAGCACACCGUCACAACUCGCUUGCCUCGAUUCCGGCGACGAUAUGGAAAAGUGACAGUAGUGCCAUACGAUCCUGAUAUUCGUUCAAAGAAAGAAGUGUUGCGAUCUCUACAGGCUGCCAGAAACGAUUCGUUGAGUGAACUUGAUAUUGUACCACUGCACCAAGUGACGAGAGCAGAAAGUCAAGAAUCGACCGUCGAAGCAGUUAGAACAGACCCUUGCGACUUGUCUCUCGGUCAACAAAUGUUCGGGAUAGCCGCCAAUCCACGAAUCUUUUCAUCUACUCCCAUGACACAGAAGCCAAAAGCUAGUGUGUUCAGCUCUAGUCAAGCUUAA